UUCUUGUUUCUUUCCGUGCUUCUGCUGUUGUCGUUCGUUUUGCUGGUCUGUUUGUGUUUUAACACGCUUCGUCCUUCUCUUGCGUGCUGAUUCAGUGAAAGCACGACUGUCGGGCUGAAAAAGGCAAAUACCGCUGCACACAAAACCGCUGGAUUUGCAUUGCGAAUAUUCAUCGUUCUCUCUUUCUCCAUUCAAAUCUCGAUUCCCGCUGCUUGCCUGCCAAAAACCAGACUGCGAGUGUGCAGACACACAACGAGCAGCUCUUCACGCAACAUGUGGCUCAAGGCAGCGUCCGUCCGCAUGGCGACCGCGACGACCGCGACAACGACAAUGACAAUGACGCAUGCGCGCCCAGGCCCAUGCUUCUCCGCUCGCCGCAAACCAACGUCGUCCUCGAGCGCAUCGCGCCAGGCACCCUCCUGCUGCUGGCUGCCGCUGGCAUUGCUGGCAUCGCUCGUGCUGGCUUGCUCCCUCCCGGCCGGCGCGUUCGCUGGGUGCGACUUUAACAUGAACUCGUUCUCCGCGCUCAGGGCGCAACUGGAAACUGCCAAUGCGGUCAACAAGAUUGUUUGCAUGACCAACGCCCAGGUGGAUGUGCCGACUGGUGUGCUUCCCAUCAACAUCAUCGGCAACUACACCGUUACUGGCAGCGGAGGAAAUUCGCCCGUCACGUUCGUCACGACCGACACGGUCAACCCCUUCAUGCAGCCGAACUCGCCUUUCCUGGAGAUUCGCUUUUCUCAGACAACCUUUGUCGGGUUUUACUCGGUCGUGCGGAGCUUUUCCGAUACAAAAGUUGUGAUGAACAAUGUGGUCGUUCGUGACGGCGGUGGCGCCCUGUCGUUGAACUGGAACGCGGCCCUUGUUGUUGCCGACGCCACCUUUCAAAACCUGACCGGCACUGCCGUUGACAUUGCCAGCGCCGGGCGCCCCGUUCAGCUGAGCAAUGUGCGGUGCCUUCAGCUGGCUGGAGGCUUUGUCAUCACAAGGUGCAUCAGAGUUUCCGGUACCCCGACCUCGGUCAUUCUGAGCAAUGUGCUGGUCGCGAACAGUACUCAUCAGGCCAUUGAAGUGGUCAACAAUGGAGCCGAUAGCUGCUCGGUCGGUAUCAAUACUCUUACGCUGCAGUCCAACCUCGUCAUGGACGGCUACGAGCUGGUGAUUCUCCAAAACACCAACGUCUCGAUCACAACACUCCGAGUGGUCAACAACACCUUUCAAUUCCCAACCUCGUCCUUGUAUGCCAUCCAUGCCCCUGUUGACGACUUUUCGGGAGUGCUCACGUUCGCCGCGACCGACUUUGUCCUCGAUCUGCCCUUAAAUGAGCGUUACGGUGGAUUUGGAGUGCAAGCAAGUCGGGUCUCCCUGUCGAACGGCGUGAUUACCGGCGGUGGACGCAACAUGUUUGAUUGCACCGCGUCUUCGCCAGCCAAUGUCGGCCUCUUUGUGGCCAACGAUGUCACCAUACAAAACGCAUUCGUAUCCCAACAGGACAACUCAGGCGGUGCCCUGUACUUGAGCAACUUUGUGUCCAGCAUCUCCAACUCUCGGUUUUUCGGCACGCGAAAUGACGUGUUUAUCGGCGGCUACGGUGGUGCUGUCCACGCAGAGACUCCUGGGACGCUGACAAUCAUCGACAGCACCUUUUCUGGCAACAAUGCCGAUCUGGAUGGCCACUCUCUGUACACCACCGUCAAUACGACUUUGGUCCGCUGCACGGUGAUUAACAAUUUGACUCCCAGCAACACCAGGACUGGUAUUUAUGCGGGUGCCGCCAGCAAGAUCGAACUGCAGCUGAUCGGUGGCCAGUUCUCGGCAGGGUAUUACGCGAUCAAAUUGCACAACAUCAUUUUGACCGUGGACGGCGCGACAUUUUCUCAUCCAUACCUCCAAGGGAAUCUCAUUUUCGACGACACCACCCAAGCGCAACAUACCUAUCGCAACGCCAUUUUCGGUCCAAUCAACGGCACGGAUACGACCUAUGUUCUCCUGGCUCAAUCCCAGCUCGCAAUGUCCAUCUCCAACACGACCUUUUCCGACAUUCGGCCGAGAAUCUUCCAGGCCAAUUCUGUGACAGCCACAAUGAGCGAUUCGUCGGUUUUGCGCACAAACGGCGUUUUCGUCGUGCCCACGCAAAAUCUCAACAUCACCCGCUCCUCGUUUGUGGACAUUACGGCUACUUCAGCGAAUGUGAUGGCCGGUGCCAUCACUGACACCGUCUCUGGUUUUGCCACCGUGACCUUGACGGCAACAAACUGUCAAUUCCGCAACAUUGUGUCGAAACAUGCGCCCUUUGUUUCCGGCGACGGAAUUUUCAAGUUUGCCGGUUGCGACUUUCGCAAUAACAGCGGUGUCGGGCCAGCGGGACCGCUCAAUGCCGGACUCAUCCAAUGGGCCACAUCGGCAUCCGUCCUGACUGCCUCGCUUGUCAACUGCACAGUCUCUGGCAAUCGUCACACCAAUCCAAACGCAACGCUGAUUGGCGCGGGAACGACAGCGCCCUACAGCAGCGGGUUGCUGAACUUGGAAAUUGUGGGCUCUGUCUUCUCUGGAAACCAGGGCGGUGUUGAGGUCGCCCUUCAGGGUGGCAGUGCCAGGAUUGUCAACACGAAAUUCCUCAACCUCGCAAGGAAUUCUUCUGGUGGCUAUGGCCAUCUAGCGCUGGUGUUUGAAGGACCGAGUUCCAAUGUGACCAUCACGGACAGCCAGUUCCAGAAUGGCAGGGCUCAAGCGUGUGCUGCUGCCAAAAUCUACGCUCAGAGCGUGUCCAUUGUCCGAACAACGUUUGAUUCCUUCUCGACUAUUGACAAUGGCGCAGUUUGUCUCAAGACGGUACAGGGCGCUCUGCAGUAUUCCAACUUUACAAACAACUACUGUGCCUCCGGGCAGGGUGGUGCGAUGCGGCUCGUCCACGACGUCAACACGUACGACUCGUUUGUGAACUUUACGCAGGUGAUUCUGCAAAAUAACACGGCUGCUGCAGGCGGCGCCAUCUAUGCGGCUGCCACAUCCUACCCUCGCUUGCUUCAAGUCAGCUUGGUGGACGUGCACUUUUACGAAAACACUGGAUUGACUGGAACUUCGGCGCUUCACAUCGACACAAGCGUGACUGUAACAGGCAGCGGUGUGACCUUCGAUUCCAACCGUGUUCUUAAUGCUCUCACACCCACAGGAAGCGUCACGCUCACCUCGUAUGAUUCCAAGUUGGCUUGCACCGGCUGCACUUGGACGGCGAAUAUCGGAAAUCGCAAUGGCUCGGCCGUCACUGCCAGGGGCUCGUCAUUCGUGCAAGCCGACGGUUGCACAUUUGUCCGGAACGACUGCACGUCGCCGUACUGCUGGAUUGUCUAUGUCGAGACUGGGGCCAAGUUCUUUGGCGCCACAGCAACGUUCGAGCGCACCGAGCCACACUACCAGGAUGUUCUCAUUUACCAGUCGCCCGCGUACGUCUUCCUUGGUGACUCGUGCGUUGUCGAGAAUCUGAACAUUGGCUCGGCCACAUACGUCGACUAUGGGCGAAACGUUGGUGGAUUCUGUUCGACUGCUUCCAGCUGGGGCGCCGACGGUCUCGACUGCUGUGUUCCUGGCUUUAGUGACUUCCAGGCCUGCUCGUGCUCGAGCGGCGAGAUUUAUGACGACGUUUCCAACACGUGCUCCGAUUCGAGUCUAUGGUUUGCACAGCUUGAUCAGCGUCCACGCUCCACAGCGCCGGAAUUGCAGGUGGUGCUGUCAAGCAUGAAUGCUGGCUUUGCGGCCAUUGGUACAACUGUGGCGACAAGCUCGGUCGUGGAAAACAUGGCAGGUCUGCUUCAAUCCUCAGUGUCGCUCAUUCGUUCCGACGCCCCGUGCGCCCAGAGCUUGGUCUCUGUCAUUGCAAGCUUGGCGUUGAUGGGCAAUGCUUCCGCGGUGACCACGGCGCAACGCACCGCGCAAGACUCUGCCUCCAAUCUCGUUCUGAUCGUGGAGCGCGGUAUUUUCGGCCUUCUCGCGGGCGUCACGACCCCACUCACCUACGUGUCGACGCCCAACUCUACCCACGUUGUGGCGCAAGCGGUGACUGUUUCGACAAGCACCUCGCAAUCGGUGGUGUCUGUCACGCUCUUUGACGGACAGCUGACUGCCAGAUUCCCUCUGUCGCUCCUCAGCACGUUGGGAGCCACCAUCCCUUUGGCAGGCGUCGGGUUUUCCUCGAGCGCAGCGGCCACCCUCUUCCCAGCCCCGAGCGACGCGUCGUCCAACAGCAGCUCUGCGGAUGGCCUCCCUGCAACGACAGUAGUCUCCCUCGUUUUGGACGGCAUCGCCGUCUCCAACGCCGCGCACCCAAUCGAGGUGACAUUCACCCAUCCCUCGACCUCUGCCCGCCGCACAUGCGCCUUUUACAACUUUACAACCAACCAGUGGCAAGAGUCGGGCCUCACGCUGGUCGCGAGCACGCCCACCACAACCACUUGUCAGACAAUUCACUUGUCGUCCUUCUCGGUCUUGUUUGCCGUCGAUGGCGAUGCGUCGGACUCGGUUGCCCUCACCGCCAUCACCUACAUUGGCUGUGCGUUGUCGAUUGUCGGGUGUGUCUUGACGCUGGCAUCCUUCCUGGUGACACGCCAAAAGACCACCUCGUCGUUGCAACUCAGCAUGCUGUGCGUCGCGCUGCUGUUUGUGAAUGUGCUGUUCAUUGUUGGCUCGGCCGUGUCGGACAAUGUGACGAGCUCUGACUCUGCCGCGGACGCCUGCAUUGCCAUUGCCGCGUUGCUGCACUACUUUUUGCUGGCUGCCUUUGCCUGGAUGUUGAUUAUCGGAGUGUCCCUCUACCGGACAUUGGUCCAGUUGCACGGAACGCUUGAGGGCGUCGGCAAGGUUUCUUCCCUGUUGGCUUGGGCCGUUCCGUUGAUUCCAGUGAUUGUCAUUUUGGGACUGGAUGUGGACUACUACGGCUCGGAUGGAGCGUGCUGGAUUAGCAAUCGCAACGCCCUCAUUGCGGGCUUUAUCGCGCCCGUUUUGACCAUUAUCGCCGUCAAUUUGGUCAUCUUUGGUCGGGUGGUGAGAGUCCUGUUCCAAAACUUGACGGACGCCAAGCUGAUUGGCAAGGAAGACCGCUCGCAUGCCAAGGUCGCAGCGUCUGUCUUUGUGCUCCUGGGCAUCACGUGGGUGUUUGGCGUGCUUGUGAUGGAUGGAAGCUAUCGCACCAGCACGUUCGAGUACCUGUUUGUCAUUUUCAACUCGCUCCAAGGACUGUUCAUCUUCAUCCUCCUGGUUGCGACUCGCCGCCAGCUCCGUCAUGUUCAGAAGCGACUCACCGUGCGACGCAAGCCCGGCCAAGCCGCCCAAGAACCUCAGAAAUCGCAGCACUCCAGGCAGUCUACUUCCGAUCCUCUGCAGUCCAGCACUGUCAUGGGGACGCGUCCGUCAACGCUGGUCACCAUGGAUCGCCGCGGUACAGGCCCGUCAUCUUCUAGCUCUGAGGGAAACCUCACACGGUCCAACACUGGAGUCUCGUCAACAGCGUCAGACGGGCAUCUGCUUGACGAGGAUCGCCCGCAAAAGUCCAUGAUGGAGAUGACCAGCUACGGCCAGGCGGUCGAUGACGAGCUUUACAUUGGCGAUGCUGCACAGAGCAUUCACAUGUGAAGGUCGCCCGUUUGUUUUGUGUUGAGCGCAUUGUUUUAGUUUGUUUUGUGCUUGAGUGUUGAGAAUUUAGUUUUGUUUGUGUUUCGCUGCAAUUCAAUCGUUCAUUGCGGCUUUCCACCUCAGUACAGAAAUCUAAGAAAUGGAA